UUCUUUGCUUCCGGUUCACGGCUCUGGCCCCUCCCCCACCCCUUCUCCCCUCUGCGCUCAAGCGAGCGAUCAACUAUGUUUUGAGCGCAGCCUUUUUAAAAAUUUUGUUGCAAACUCUUCCCCCACGUCUUUUCGUUGUUGUUUGUUUGUCUGUCGGUGGCGGUGGCGGCCGUCGUUCCUCUUUCUCUCUCUCUCUAAAAAAAAACAACACAACACAAAUAAAUUCACCCGUACAAAAAAGAAAACCCCGCAUCGCCUCGCUGCGUAAUUAUUUCUGCCGCCGAGGCGCUCGCGAUGGCCAAGUGGGGCGAGGGAGACCCGAGGUGGAUCGUCGAGGAGAGAGCCGACGCCACGAACGUCAACAACUGGCACUGGACUGAGCGCGAUGUGACCAAGUGGUCAGAGGAUCUGCUGCGGCAGCUGCUCAUGGACGUGCGGGCAACCUCUUUGGACGGGACGUGCGAGGUCACGGAGGUCACCCGCGUGCAGGGCGAGGCCUCCUGCAACAACCGCAAGGGCAAGCUCAUCUUCUUCUACGAGUGGGACCUGGAGCUCGCUUGGCAAGCGACUGGCAGUGCCAUGGGCACCAAGUACAGUGGUAUCGUGAAGAUUCCCAACCUCUCGGAGGAGAACGACAUUGACGAGAUAGAGGUGGCAGUGAGCCUCAAGAAGGAUGAGGCGGAGACGCCACUCUUGGAGGUGAUGAGGACCGCGGGCGUCGACGGCAUCAAGCACGCGCUGGUCACUUACGUUCGCACUCUCAAGUCCGAGUUCACGCAGGGCAUGAUUCUCCCUGCCAAGAACGGCAUCACUUGCCAAACGCCGGACGCCACGUUGCCGAGCGGGCAUGACGAGCAGCAGAAAGACGCUUGUGCCCGGCGGCCAAGCCAGGAGGUCGGAGUUCGCAUCCCGACGUGUUCCGUGGUUCUAAUGGAGACGUUCCCCACGUGCGCCGAGGAGCUGUACCGCACAUUCACCUCCCAGGAGCUGGUGUCCCUCUUCACAAAUGCCCCAGCGUUGGUGGAACCGGAGAAGGGUGGCCGCAUCCGAAUGUUGAACGGGAACGUGAGCGGCGAGUUCUGCGAGUUGAUUGAGAACGAGCAAAUUGUCAUGAAGUGGCGAUGCAAGACGUGGCCAGAGGAGCACUACGCCGACGUGACGCUGCGACUGCGGAAGGCCGACGGCGGAAACACGGAGCUGCGGCUCGAGUGCCUGCACGUGCCGCUCAGGCACGAGGAGGCAACGCGCCAUGACUGGCAGCGCCACUACUUCCAGAGAAUCCGUCAAGCCUUCGGAUGGGUUGCGAGCCCCCCGCCACUCUGAGCCACCUCGACCCGCCCCGCCACGUCACACCGCAACAUCGCACCGCGCACGCCACACCGCGGCACACACGGUCCCUACCGAAAGCCGCACAAUUUUUCCCGUUGACUGGAACAGGUGGCUGCGUUACCAAGCGCUAGGGGGCGCUAGUUUCAUGAUGCAGAUCUGGGGCCCACUGGGAGGGGAUGUCAAGUGGAUGAUGGGUGGGCGGAUGGGAAAGAUUGCACUUUUAUUGUUUGUCAUGGGGGGGGGAUCUCAAAUUGGGACCCCUUGUGCAGACUUAAAGCCCUCCCAUGCUUUGAUAUUAGACUGUGAAUAGUGGGCCCUCUUUAUAAGCCUGACAUGUCCACCAACUGCACGGCUGUUAGUAUUGGGCUUGGAUCGUGAGGGUGGCGUGCGGCACGGAGUGAUCGCUCGGUUGUCGUCUCUGCAAGCUGUGCUUUGGAGUUAGUGGGAUCGAUGUGUGAAAGACUGUAAGGGGUGAGAAGAGGUCGGCUGAGGAUGUGUUGUAGCUGCACUUUUGCUUCAGCGGCAAUACUUGGCCUGCUGCAAUUUCUAUUGCUCACCAUUUGUUGCUGCCAUUGGCAAAUUAAAAGGAAAGAAAAUACCACUAAUGUUAAUUUCAUAUGCAGCCAAUGCUGCUACCUCUUCUGAAGGAUAACUAGGUGUUUGGAGAGACCACAAACCGCCCCUACCUUGAAGGUGUAAUGGAUCAGAGCAGUGAAUCGACACACCAUUUUACCAAUCCAUAAUUAAAAGGCGAAUCCAGUUAUGCAGUGGCCUUCGUAACGGCGUUGAUGCCUUGGAUAGUUAAGAGGUGCAAAAUUGCAGAGAAGCGCUUUUGUGGCCGCCCACAUGCAAUUUGCACAACGCAGUGUCCCAUCAGUGGCAAGGUGUGUCUAGACGUCCAGACAGACUCGCGCCGCAGCUGAACUGCCUCCCCCAAUCGCGGGGGGGCUUCUCAAAAUGCCUCUGCCUUGCUCCCUUCCUCACCCCAACUGUUAAAUCUAACAAGAACGAGUGCACUCUGCGGUCUGCUAAACCCAGUCCACAUUGUAAACUUACACGAGCCGCAACUGCACUGCAGAUUAGCCGUGCAAUGCCAUUCGAAGGUUUGGUAGGCGCGUCAAGUCUGGGGCGGUUUCCUUUGAUUUUAAGGGGUAAGAAGGACAUUGUCCUCGACAAGCCUUAAGACAGGUCCGCACCUGAGCGAUCGGUUGCGCAACUUGGCCGUGUGCGAUUGAAUUACUUAUAUGCGGACGUCUUCAAAACCAGGGACGUUCACGUGUAAGGAGGCGAUUGAGUUGUGCGAUUCCAAGAAGGAAUGGUUGCGCUACUGAUCGCCGGAGGUGUGAAUCCAUAUUUAGACCGGUUGGGUAAUCGGACCCAUGGAGUGUGCGGUUUCCGCGAGUUUAUUUGUCUCCAGGUGGACAUAAACAAGCGUCCUUCGCACAACGCUCGCCACAUAACACAGUCUCCCACACGCUACUUAACGUGACAACAUGUUUCCUAAUGCUUCCGAACUUGUGCAACGUUUUCAUUUUUUUGUACGAUUUUUAUUUGUAAAUCUGCGUUAUAUUAUUGAAAUGUUAACUCGUCCAUUCCCAUUUUAUAAAAAUGUCUGUUUUUAUUACUAUAUAUUGUUUAGAAUUGAUUGUAAAUGUGUUUUUUUAUUCUAGUUUUUUUGUAUUCCUUGCACAAGAAGCAGCUGCAUA